CACACACAUACAUCCAUACACAUAUAUACAUAAACAAACACAUAAAAAUAUAUAUACUCAUACCCAUUUGAUUAAUAAAUAUUUUAUUUCUUGGCGAAGAGAGGAAUGGGUGCAUUUGAUUAUAUCUCUAGCUUUUGUUCUUAUACAUACUCUAAUGCCAAAACCAAGCGUAAGCCAUUGCAGACGGUGGAUAUCAAGGUGAAAAUGGACUGUGAUGGUUGUGAAAGAAGAGUUAGAAACGUGGUCCGUCGCAUGAAAGGCGUGAAAACAGUGGAAGUAAACCGGAAACAGAGCCGGAUAACGGUGAACGGUCACGUGGACCCAAACAAGGUGUUGAAGAGAGUGAAGAGCACAGGGAAGAAGGCAGAGUUUUGGCCAUACAUACCUCAGCAUAUGGUCUACUACCCUUUUGACCCUGGCAUGUACGACAAACGUGCCCCCGCAGGCCACAUACGCAACCCCACACAAGCCUUUCCAGCUGCAAACACACCUGGUGAGAACUACGUUUCCCUCUUCAGUGACGACAACGUCCAAGGCGCUUGUUCCAUCAUGUGAAUUGUGCAGAACAAGAUACAUAUAUAUAAUAUGUAUUUUCUUUUUGUGUGUGUGUUGUUAUACACAUCUACUUUUUGGUUUUAUUCUCAUAAUAUGGUAAAGCUAAUGCAGAGAUUAUGUAAUAAAAUUAUAGAGACAAUUUUUGAACGG